AUGUGCCAAAUAAAUACGGAUCCGAUGAAAAGUCAGUUGGGGUAUUUGGAAGUCGUCGUACCACCGGAUUUCAUACCAGAAGACACAUCUGGAGACAUUAUGGUACCAGAAGGUGGAAGCGUUAAACUCACGUGUAAAGCACGAGGAUAUCCUUUGCCACAUGUUUUAUGGCGAAGAGAAGAUUCUGCUGAUAUUAUAUUGAGAGAACCUAACGGAAUCAAAAACAAAGUUGCAACAUUUCAAGGAGAAAUAUUAAGAUUAGCAAGAAUAACAAGAUCAGAAAUGGGAGCUUAUUUAUGUAUUGCAUCAAACAGCAUCCCGCCAUCAGUGAGCAAAAGAAUUAUGGUUAACGUUCAUUUUAAUCCCGUGAUUCAAGUACCCAAUCAAUUGGUUGGUGCUCCUCUUGCCACCGAUGUUGCAUUAGAAUGUUACGUUGAAGCUUCACCAAAAUCCAUUAAUUAUUGGGUUCGAGAUACAGGUGAAAUGGUUAUAUCGUCUGAUAAGUACGAGGUCCAAAUAAUUAGCAAAUCACUUUUUGAAGUUAGAAUGAUAUUAUUAAUAAGAAAUUUUCAAAGGACUGAUGUUGGGUCCUACAGGUGCAUAGCUAAAAAUUCAUUGGGAGAAGUAGAUAGCAGUAUAAGACUUUACGAAAUACCGAGUCCGACAAGUGCAUUUAAUCCAUUUUACGAUGAAGAAGAUUAUUCGGAUCAAUAUGGUUCGGCAGAAGAUGAUGAUGAUGGCGACGGGGAUGACAUCACUAGAGAAAAUGAACAGGUAUCGAUAUCGGUAUCGGGUAAAAAUACCUGGACGUUAACAAAUGAUAAUACUAGGGAUACAAUUAAAGGAACAUUUAAUUCAUUAAAAGAAAAUCAAGGAGGUGGUCAAAUCCCAUUGAUAAGAGGAGGAGGGAAUAAUCGUAAAAUUUCUGGAUGUGCCUCAUCCACAAUAACAAUUAAAAUUCAUCUAUCAAUAAUUUUUUCUAUUUUUAUAUAUUUAUUUAUUAAUCAUCAAUGA